AUGACGCUGCCGUCGCCGCCCGCCCGGCUGGCCGUGCCGGCCGCCGCCCUCCUCGUCCUCCUCCACCUCGCCGCCACGGCCACGGCGACCAACUUCACCUGCACGGCACCCCGGGGCACCACCUGCCACUCCGCCAUCGGCUACCGCGUGCCCAACGCCACCACCUACGGGGACCUCCUCGCCCGCUUCAACACCACCACCCUCGCCGGCCUCCUCGGCGCCAACGACCUCCCGCUCGCCACCUCGCCCAAGAAGCGCGUCCGAGCCAAGGCCACCGUCCGCAUCCCCUUCCGCUGCCUCUGCGCCGGCAACGGCGUCGGCCAGUCGGACCACGCGCCCGUCUACACCGUGCAGCCGCAGGACGGGCUGGACGCCAUCGCCCGCAACUCCUUCGACGCCGUCGUCACCUACCAGGAGAUCGCCACCGCCAACAACAUCGCCGACGUCAACCUCAUCACCGUCGGCCAGAAGCUCUGGAUCCCGCUGCCCUGCAGCUGCGACCCCGUGGACGGCGCCGCCGACGUCUUCCACCUCGCCCACAUCGUCGACGCCGGGGAGACCACCUCCGGCAUCGCCGCCACCUUCGGCGUCACCGAGGACACGCUGCUCAAGCUCAACAAGAUCACCGACCCCAAGACACUGCAGAAGGACCAGGUUCUUGAUGUCCCGCUCCCUGGUACGUAUAAAAUUACUUACUUACUUGUGCUCUCUUCUUUCUUCUUCAAUCUUCACAGGCUAAAUUGCACCGCACUGCAAGGAAAAAAGGGAUGCCCAGCAGUGCGGCCGUGCGGCGAAGGGCUCAAUCUUGGGCAGACAAGUGGCGCCGGUUGCGACUCCAAGAUGUGCGCUUACAGUGGUUAUUCCAACAGCUCUUCACUCAGCAUACACACCACUGUUUUCAAGAACCAGACAGCACCAGCAUGCGAGAAAGCAGGAUCUUCGAGGUCGGUAUUGGCAGGGUCCAUGUGGAGGAUACCUGCUAUCUCCUUCCACAUGGUGUUGAUCUUGGAAGGGUAUACAAUGGAGCACACAGCUGAAGAAGUUGAGGUCCUCCACCACGACUACAUCUGGACAGAAGCAAAGCCGGCUCUGGAGAGGGAGUGCAGAUGCACCUACAUGGUCUGCCGUCACCAGACACUAAGGCCCCCGGCACGAUAUCCAUCCAAACUCCGUCUUCAAAGGAUUGCCUGA